CGUUGCACUUCUCCUCCCCCCUCAUGAUUCAUGAAGCUGACCUUCACUUUCACUCUAAAACUCAAGACAACAACAACAACCCUUGUUUUCAAAGCUCCUUACACCACCAUCCCCCACUUGGCACAACAAGGUCUUACCCUUACACUUCCAAUCCCACUCCAUUCUCUACAAUGUGGAAUCUUGCUGCAGUCACUCACCAAUUCCAAAUUCAUCACACAAGCCCAACAACUUCAUGCCCACGUCAUCACAUGCGGCACUCUCCUCCACAACACCUACCUCGCCACCAAGCUCGCCGCCUGCUACGCUGGCUGCGGUCGCAUGCCUCAAGCCCGAUUCUUAUUCGAUCAAAUCUUGUUAAAGAACUCGUUUUUAUGGAAUUCUAUGAUAAGGGGUUAUGCUUGUAAUGGGUCUCCCUCGAAUUCCCUUGUUUUGUACCGUGAAAUGUUGAGUUUUGGACAAAAGCCUGAUCAUUUCACCUACCCUUUUGUUCUCAAGGCGUGUGGUGACCUUUUGGUUCAUGAAUUGGGUAGGAAGGUUCAUGCUUUGGUGUUGGUUGAUGGGUGGGAGUCAGAUAUUUAUGUGGGCAAUUCUCUCCUUUCAAUGUAUUCUAAGUUUGGUGAUAUGGAAACUGCCAGGAUGCUGUUUGAUAAAAUGCCUGUAAGGGAUUUAACUUCUUGGAACACUGUAAUAUCGGGGCAUGUGAAGAAUGGUGAGGCAGUUGAUGCUUUUGAAGUUUUUGAUAGCAUGAGAAGAGUUGGUGUUGUUGGAGAUGGGACCACCUUGCUUGCCCUCCUCUGUGCUUGUGGUGAUAUUAUGGAUUUAAAACUGGGGAAAGCAGUACAUGGUUAUGUUGUUCGGAAUAGUGGUAAACUAUGUAAUGAGUUUCUGACGAAUUCCCUAAUUGUCAUGUACUGCAAUUGUGGUUCCAUAUCUGUUGCAAGGAAAUUAUUUGAAGAGUUAAAAGUGAGGGAUACUGUAUCAUGGAAUUCUUUGAUUUCUGGCUAUGAAAAGCACGGGGAUGCUUUUAAAGUUAUGGAACUUUUCAGUCAAAUGUUUAUAGGAGGUGGAAUUCCUAAUGAAGUAACUGUUAUUGCUGUGCUGGGGGCUUGUAAUCAAAUCUCAGCUUUGCUAUUGGGCUCAUCUGUUCACACAUACCUUGUUAAAAGGGGUUAUGGAGUGAAUACUGCUGUGGGAACUGCCCUUAUUAGCAUGUAUGCUAACUGUGGAAGUUAUUUUUGUGCACGUCGCGCUUUUGAUGAGAUGCCCGAAAAAAAUUUGGCUUCUUGGACUGUUAUGAUUACAGGAUUUGGAAUUCAUGGGAGGGGAAGAGAGGCUAUCUCCAUUUUUUAUGAAAUGUUAGGUAAAAAUAUUAUGCCAGAUGAGGGUAUUUUCACUUCAGUUUUAUCAGCUUGUAGUCAUUCUGGAUUGGUGGACGAGGGUAAAGAAAUUUUCUAUAAAAUGAGCAGAGACUACAAUUUGGAACCUGGACCCACUCAUUAUUCGUGUUUAGUUGAUUUACUUGGCAGAGCAGGGAACUUAGAUGAAGCAUAUGCAAUUAUAGACAACAUGAAGUUGAAACCAAAUGAGGAUGUAUGGACUUCUCUACUUUCUGCUUGCAGAUUGCAUAGGAAUGUCAAGUUAGCAGAGAUCUCAGCUCAGAAGCUUUUUGAAAUGAGUCCAAAUGGAGUGAGUGGUUAUGUUUGCCUUUCUAACAUAUAUGCUGCAGAGAGAAGAUGGAAGGAUGUUGAAAAGGUAAGGGCAUUGGUGAAGAAAAGAAGAUUGAGGAAACCACCUAGUUACAGUUUUGUUGAGCUAAAUAAGAUGGUACAUCAAUUUUUUGUUGGAGAUAAGUCCCACCAACAGGCACAAAAUAUUUAUGCCAAAUUGAAAGACUUGAAUGAGCAACUCAAGAAAGCUGGUUACAAGCCUGACACUAGUUCAGUUCUCUAUGAUGUUGAGGAGGAAGUGAAGGAGAAUAUGCUCUGGGAUCAUAGCGAGAGGUUGGCACUUGCUUUUGCUCUUAUUAACACUGGUCCAGGGACCACAAUCAGAAUAACCAAGAAUCUUCGUGUAUGUGGAGAUUGCCACACUGUGAUAAAAAUGGUUUCUAAGCUCAUGAGUCGAGAGAUUAUCAUGCGAGAUAUCUGUAGGUUUCACCAUUUUCGUGAUGGCAUAUGCUCAUGUGGUGGAUACUGGUGA